AUGGAGAGCCCGGAGGACCAGCAGAGAAACCGGCAGCGCGGCAAGGACAGGACUCGAGUGGCAUGCCGCCGGUGCAACUCGAAAAAGGUCAAGUGUGAUGCGGCUCCUGGAGUUGCUUGUUCUGGAUGCCGGAUUGCACGGGCGGAAUGCGUGUUGAUUGACUCGAAGCGCGGACGAUACAUUCGCCGAAAGAGAUCGUCGGCUGAGCGACAAUCCCAGCAACAGCAACAACCUCAACUCGCGCAACAACUCCCGCCUCAACGCCCAUCGCAGCAAAAGACCCCGGCUUCUUCGUCCGACGAGUCUCCGCGGGCUCUAUCCGCAGUCACAUCUCAGAAGCCCAAGGCAGAGUCUCAUCGCCCAUCUCAGUCUGUUUCUCAAUCUCAGUUACAGUCUCAGUCUCACCCACAGGUGGAACCAGUCGACGGCCAGCUUUUUCGCGGCCUAUCGCGAUCUUUUGAGCGUCGCGCACCCACCGACUCCAGCGCGCUCUUCUAUCUGCAUAUCGCCGACCAGAGCGUGCGGCCAACGCAGCAGCCCAUCAGCGAUGCCAUCAGCACCUUUUACGCGGGCGACUCGUUCAGCCUGACGUACGCCAUUCACGAUGUGCUGGCGCCCUUUCUGAGUGACCGGCGCAACUAUCAGAAGCGGCUUCACUUUCCUAUUGCCGAGGGCUUUGAUCCGUCGGACCAGGGACGUGAGAACAUUGUCAAUGCCCAGAUAGCGCUGUUGCGGGAGAGGAAUCUGUACUAUCGGCUGAGUGAAGCUGCGUUGGAGCGGAUGCUCGACGUCUACUUUCGAUGGUUCCAUCCGGCGUUUCCACUGGUCAACGAGACCAACUUUAUCGAAAAAUGUCACCGCAACCAGAUGUCGCUGCUUGUGUUGAACGGAAUGUUGCUGGUAGCGGCCAUCAUGUGCGAUCCGGCCGAUAUCGCCAUGACGGGAUGCGAAAGCAGGGCUCACGCUCGCUCAGUAUUCUAUCGUCAGGCGAAAGCUCUAUACGAUGCAGAACUGGAUCCUGAUAAAGUCAACAACGUUACAGCCGUGUUUUACAUUAGCUUCUGGUGGGGAGGAUCCAACGACGAGAAGGACUCGUGGCAUUGGAUGGGCGUGGCCGUGAGCUUGGCCCAGAGUCUGGGGAUGCACAGAUCCACAGCAAAAUCACACAUGAGUGACGAGAAAUCAAGACAUUGGAGACGCAUCUGGUGGUGUAUCCGGAUCCGAGACACCAUUGCCAGCGGCUCAACAGGUCGGCCACUGCACAUUAGCCACAGAGACUGCGACGUCGAGAUGCUUGAGCCCAGCGACAUGGACGACGACAAUCACUUGGGCGAUGAAGAAGCACUUUACGCCUGCCAGAUGGCCCGACUGUCAAUAAUAUUUGGCAGGAUUGUCAAAAUGAGAUACGCCGCAAUCCAAUCAACGAGUCCGGGCCAAAAGGAGCAAAUGGAAAACGACUUGGAAAACUUUCGGAUACAGGUCCCAGCCGCGUUACAGUACAGGGGCAUUAACCCGGAGACCGGCCAGGGGCUGUGGUCUGCAAUGAUCCUCAUGGCUUACAACUACAGCGUGAUUCUUCUCUACCGACCUACAAGCACCGGAAACGAUCCCGUGUCGAAUUUCUGGGGAGACCGCCCCAAGGCCGUGGCAGCCGCCAACGAGAUUACGAGAGUCAUGGAGGAUGUCCUAUCUACGUCCUUUGUACGGCUUAGCCAAAUCCAUACAAUCCCCGCUCUAUUCAACUCUCUAUCAAUGCACGUCUUCUCGCUCUGCACAUCAGGCAGCGUUGGUAGAGAACUCGCCGAGAACCGCGCGCGGACAUGCAUGCUCGGCCUCAACUGCCUCCAAGAAUCAUGGCCCGUCAGCGGCUGGAUCCUCAAACUCUUUGUCGACAUCAUCGAGCGCCUCCGCCGGAUGCUCACCAACAGGAGUAAAUCCGGCGAACUCAGCAGAGUCACGGCCAGUCCUGCGCCAGGCUUUCCCCAGCAACCGUCACGACAAGAAACGCCUCGAUCUCAGAACCCGCAGCUAGGACCUAUUCCAGGCAUUGGUGAACAGACAGCGCUGGAUAUGACAGCAAAUCCCAUGGAUCCCUUGAUGAAGCCGCCGUUGGACGUGCAGACGGGCAUUCCCGUGUAUCCGAAUGAGUUCGCGCCGUACAGCACGACGAAUGCUGCGCUGUUCCCAAACCUAUUUGUGCUGGAUGAUUUGUUUGCGAAUCUGGAUGCGGGGCAGGUGAGCUUUUUUGACUCGUUGGAGGUGCCCAACUACGACAACGUUGAGGGCAUGCCUUAUCAGUGUGGAUAG